UAACGUCAUAUAGACUGAGAUCAUGUCGACGACAAAGUCGACACCCAAAGCACAAGCCGACCGGCUUACGCUAAUAGAGGAGGAAAUGCUGUUCCUCAAAGAAGUCCCUGACACCCUCCGUUUCCUGGAAACACGGGUGACCGAACUGAGUGAGAAAGUCGUCCAAGUCGACGCAAUGGGCAACCGCCUGGAUGGGUUGCCAAUCGCAGAACUAUUGUUUCGAGUGACCUCGCUCGAAGAAAGAGUUGCUCCUACGAGCAGCCCAAAACCGUCUGAUAGUCCGGAUAGCUCUGUCGCACACAAAGAGGGACGUGGCGAAGAGUUCGACGUACUACAAAACACAAUGAUGAGUUUGUUCAAUGGAUUGGCUGAUGAAUUCAGAUCAACAGUCGACGACCUCCAAGAAAGGAUGGCCGCCAUGAGCACUCGAAUUGAAAUUACCAUGAAAGCCGUGGAAGGUGUCGCGGCUGGACAAACCAAUACAGGAUCCAACAAACUAAGGUUCCCAGACCCUAGAGCCUUCAAAGGGAAUCAGGACGCCAAAGAGUUAGAGAACUUCAUCUUUGACGUCGAACAGUACUUCAAAGCCACGACGGCUUGUACCGACGACAAGAAGGUGACUGUAGCCGCGAUGUAUCUCGUAGACGACGUCAAACUGUGGUGGCGUACGAAGGGCAUAUAG